UUCCCCUUUCCCCUCACGCGCCGUAGCUCCCUCGCCACUCACACGCAAACCUCCUCCUCGCUCGCACGCACGCACUCGCUCUCGCUCCCGACCAUGGUGCGUUCUCAGGCCCCCUCGCUGUCUAGUCAAGGAGCGCUGAGUGUGUAGUAGAAUUCUUUUUUUUUUCAAAUAUCUAUUUUUAUUCUAUAGUGAACUGAGGUAUAGUGAGUGAAGACGGUGUGUCGGGAUCUCUUAGCCGAAGUGGUAGUAUAGUGUCUUUGUGUUUUACUAUCGAGACGCUUAAGUGCUUAAGAGAAUGGUGAUACCGGUUGCAUAUAGUGAAGAUUUGAGAAGAUAUGCGUCGGUGUCCGAGUGAACUGAAGACAGCUUGUUCUAGUGUAGAGUUCAGGGCGUGAGAAGAUGCCGGAACAGAGUAACGACUACCGCGUGGUGGUGUUCGGGGCUGGAGGCGUCGGCAAGUCCUCCUUGGUCCUGCGCUUCGUCAAGGGCACCUUCCGGGAGUCCUACAUACCCACCAUCGAAGACACGUAUCGCCAGGUGAUCAGCUGCAACAAGAACAUCUGCACGCUCCAGAUCACGGACACGACGGGCUCCCACCAGUUCCCGGCCAUGCAGCGGCUCUCCAUCAGCAAAGGACACGCCUUCAUCCUCGUCUACUCCAUCACGAGUCGCCAGAGCCUGGAGGAGCUGAGGCCGAUCUGGGAGGUGAUUCGGGAGAUCAAGGGCAACGAGAUGGAGUUCCCGAUCAUGCUGGUGGGGAACAAGUGCGACGAGAGCGACGCCCGGGAGGUGCAGAGCUCGUACGGGGAGGCGCAGGCGAAGGCGUGGAAGUGCAAUUUCAUGGAGACGUCGGCCAAGACCAACCACAACGUGAAGGAGCUGUUCCAGGAGCUCCUCAACAUGGAGAAGAACAGAAAUAUGUCGCUGCAGCUGGACGGCAAGAAGAACAAGUCGCAAAAGGGCACACGCAAGAUCAAAGAGAAGUGUCUCGUGAUGUGAGGAGUCCGAGGAGGAGUCCCCGUCGGGUGCUCGCUGCGGGGGGGCCGAGGGGGAUGUGGCCUAACUGUGAUGUUCCAAGUUCAGAUUCCACGGACGCUCUACCACGCACCCCCCCUCCCCCGUCGGGCGAAUCUCUGUGAACAUUGCUAUAUUUCGGUGUUAAAGAAAGGUGGAGUUUCGUGUAACGUGUGAAGGUCACAGAUCAGUCUAAUCAUUAGACGUCAACGUGUCAUAAUAUUCUCAGCACAAUUUACAAGGCAAUACUUUAAGAUAAUGAAAAAAAGAGAGUUACUCGACAUAAUAUGUAAUGAUCCGGUUUGAUCGCCCCAAAAAGAGGUGAAAUAUGUUAUGUACCUGUUUUGUUUAUACCAAAGAGCAUGGACUAGUCACAUACACUCAUAUGUGCUGCACAGGGGCCAGUUCCGUCGCGCAUUUCCCAAGCAUGAAGGACUGUACAGUAAUGGUUCCCUUCCGUUGUAAAGACGGCGUUUAGACUAUACUUUAAAAAAUCUUUACUAUACUACAAUGGCAACGAUCCUCGACAAACGUGAUUUUGACACUCUUCGUCCCCCAAUAAAAAAAAUAAAGAGAGUUUCGUGAUAGCUAGACGAUAUUAGGUUAGCUACAAAGUCAGGAUAGUUCACGUUGUUUAUACUUAAUUAUUCAGGUUCCGUGUGACUGUUUCUCCCUUUUAACACAUUCCCCCUUAACCUCCCUUCACCCGAGUCCUCCCUUGCCUCGAUAGAUGAACUCUAGCCACUCCUGACGAGACGUAGCUUCUGACGGACUUCGGGCUGCAACCAUCUUGGCUUCAGUACCGGUACUGUUUCAGCUUGGUUGAUGUGAGUGCCCGCUGGUUUACCCUUGUUCGGAGUGUGGAUAACGACCUUUUCUCCUGUACAUAAAUGAGACAUAAUACACGUACAUCAAUACCUAUAUAUAUGCACACAAACCAUACACAUAUAUAUAUGAUAUAACAUACAUGGAUGUUAACACACCGACACACACUUCAAUAUGUGUAUAAUUUAGCACUAAUUUUAGAUCUUUUAAUAGUAAUAACACAUUGUAUACAGAGUCAAGUGAUCAAGUGAUUUGUAACCAGAAUCAAACAUGAAGCUAUCCAGAUACAAGUCAACAUCACUGUUGUAUAUAUAUAUAUAUAGGUGCUCCUUGUCAUCCGCGCUCGAGACAUUUUAUCACGCCGCAGCACCGCCGCCGUCGCCCUUUCUUCCGCCUGGCGAAUAGCUCCCUCAACACGUAAAAGGGCACACUCACUCAUUCUGUUAUCGCAGAGUUUAAAACGUUGAUGUUUUAUUUGCGUUAUUUGGGUUUUUAGUUCGUUAGUUACAGAAAGAUAUAUGUGUGAAGAAAAAAAAAUAAGACGAUAAUAAUUUAGAAGAAAAAAAAUGUUUUCUUUUGGGGGCGGAGCAUAACAAAGCUUCCUUGUGGAGUGAAGUUCUUCCAUUGUGGACAUCUUUUUGAUGCGAGUGGAUCGUUAUUCAUCUCAUUACUGACGUGACUGUCGAUUAGCGUUAAAUCCACUCUUAGAACACCAAAUACUUCCAGUGUUAAAUUUCUACAACGAUUAGAUAGUCCUGUAACGGCUAACUACUUAUUAGAAAUCACAAGACAGUAACUUGUCUGAUACUCUUAAUGAUAAAUGAUAAUAAUCGAAACAAAAUAUAGGCUAUUCUUUCAAACGACAAGGAAAUCUGUCUUAAUAGUAUUUGAUGAUAGUUGUAUCUGCUCCGCUAAGGCAUUGGGAACAAGUUGUUUCCAAAGGUUAUAUAUAUAUAUGUUUUAUGGGAUACAAAAUUACUUCAAAGGAUAAAUUGUUUGCAAAGGUCAUAUAUAAUCUAUGGAAUACAAAAUGACUUCAAAAGGUUGAUUUUCAAGACAUCACUAUUAUUAAUACUAGAGGUUUUGAGAAGUCAGCCUCAUAGCAUAAGCAUAAGAGUCAAUUUUGCGUGAUACACAUGUCAUACAGUUUCCGUCAACAUGGUCAAUCUGUAUGUUGAGAAAGAGACUUCUUAAAGAUAGGAAUAUUGGUCUGAACAAUUUGGCAUCAGUGGACUUUGUAUUGGUGUAAAUCGGUACAGUAUACUAAAGCAAGGCAGAUAUGUAUAUUGUGUAUAUAUAUGUAUCUGUGUGGUGUAACACACAGGUUAGUUCCUCAGUGACACUAAAAUGUUUCAUGUUUGAUCUUUCUUCAUAACCGUAAUGGUUUUUUAAUAGCUUAUAUUCUCCAUUGCACUCAUGUGAUAACACUUUGUGGGAAAAAAAAAAUGUUAUUUGGCACGAAAAUUGUCGUUAAAAAGAAAAAAAUGUUUUGGAAUUCUUGAAUCAUAAUAACUUGAGAAGUGUUUGUUGUGGUUUAACUACAGAAGGUGUUUAUUUCAGUUUUUUGUAGACUUCACUGCAUAAUAAUCAUCAGGGCCUUAUCAUUGUGUUAGAUAUUGUAGAAAAGAAUAACAAAAUACAGAACAUGAAAGUGACAUCUUGUACUAUUGCUUAAAAGUGUAUUUCAACUUUCAUUUUUCUCUUUUUUAUUUGUGAAAAAAAUGUAGUGAUACAUACCUACUUAAUACCUGUUUUCUUAAUUAUUAUUAGAGUUGUACGCUAUAUUUGGUAUAUGAUAUUUUUGACAAAAA